CCACGCAACCUCCAAAGUUUCAUGGUGUUUGACACGUCGAGGCUGAUGGCUAGUUUGAACUCAACUCCCGCGGUCGGUUCUCUUCCAGCAACUGCAGACGCCACAGACUGGGAAGUCUUGCUGCAACACAUUCGGUCUCGUACUGUCAUUCCAUUCCUUGGCGCUGGUUUGUCCAGUCCUAUUCUUCCAGGCUGGCAAACUCUCAUCAAGGAGGUUGCAGAGAAAGUGAAACCUCCCGAUCUAGAAAACGUUGGAAUUGAGAAAGGAAAUUUGCCUAUGAUUACGGACAUGAUCACCGAGACGCUAGUUGAACGACUAGUCAAAACAGAGCUGGGAAUAGACGAUACAGAUGGCAGCACAAGAAGUCCUUUGGGGUCAGAACUUCUUGAAGUGUUUAGGAAACACUUGAGUCGACCGUGUGACAACAAUCCCGACUUGUUGGACGCUUUGCUUCUUGGUAAGACAGUUGACAGCAUUGACUGCAAAGACAUUCCCGACAGCAUUCGAAAGGCCACACAAGGUCAUAGAGCUAUUACAACAGGGCCUUGGCCAUUGAUACUUACAAGCAACUGGGACACGUUUCUAGAGGCAUCAUAUGGAAUGAUGGGACUCAACAGAGAUGACGUUUGGGAUUGUUUCCACCCCGAAAAACAGUAUUUUCACAGGAAAACAAAGGCACUACCAGUCCGAUACAGAAGCGACAUCCAGCAGGUCUAUGCUGAACUGCAAGCUGGUGUGAAACCACCAAGGCUAUUAAAACUACAUGGAGAUUUUACAUUGAAAGGCAGCAGUGAGUUGGUAGCAGGACACUCGGAUUACCGUCAUCUCAUGGUUCAUGAUGUCUCCUUCGCCAGGUUCAUGCAGUACUUGUGCUCUCAGUACAAUUUCCUGUUUUAUGGCAACUCUUUGAAUGACCCAGACAUGCUUGCCGUCUUGGAUGGAAUGAUUGAAAGUCUUGGCAGUGAGGUGGGACCUCACUUCUGGAUUACUGCUGGCCCAGUUAGCAACGCUAGGAAACAUUAUCUGAUGAAGAACUACUCGGUGUGUACUAUUAGAACUAAGAACAUCAAAGACUACGAAGGACAACUUGCUCUGCUGACAGCAUUGUGUAAUCAAGGAUGGUCUAUUCCUCAUCCUCUGGCUGUGAAAACUAUUGAGUAUAAGAUAUCUGGUCCAGAUAGAAAGACUGAAAUACUUGUGUCAGUAAGUGACAACUUGCCCGAAAACAUUGCCUGUGACUUAAAGAGGAAUGAAAAACCUUAUGCACUGGCUGUCAUGGUCAGCAUAGAUGAAGGUGGAACUCCUACUGUUUGUCACCAUUCUCAAAAUGCUUAUGACUGUGGACUCCUAAACAAAUCAUGUGUUUCUGCUUCGACGUUUGAUAUGAAAUCUAGUAAUUGGAGAGCACAGAGUUGCUCAAGAGGUUGUUGGAUUGUGUGUGUCCAGAUGCCACACAAAUUAGAGAAAGAGAAUCUGCAGGGCAUCUUUGAAGCUACGCAGCACUUUAUAGUCAAGGCAGGCAGCAAUUCUUACGAGUUUUCAAGUACACCACAGAACACGAGUUCUUCGUCAGAAACUUUGACUCUCAUUUUGCCACUGCUGCGAGUUUCUGACUGCUUGGUGCAGCAUGAAGAAGUACUCUGUGCUAUGCUAAGUGCUAUAGGAGAUGCCACUAAACAGAUUGUGUCUCAUACAAAGACUAUAAGAAUUGUAAUAGCCCUGGGAGUGCCAACAACUGGCAGAAACAGGAUUGCAUUGUUUGCUGAAAUUGAUGCUGGCAGAAUUCACGUAGGGAGAGUUUUGAAUCGAUCUCUUCAUGGUCAAAUGGAAUUCACGUGCAUUUCCCCAGCUUGUUCAUAUUCUCAACAAAGCUGUGAUGAACGGCGCUGGCUUUGCCGGAAACUGUACACAGACAUCAAAGGAUCUUUCAGAGACCUCAGGAAACAAAUGGGUUAUCCUGACGAUUGUAAAGAAACGAGAUCAUUGCUUGAAGCCAAUAUCACUGACGGAUCCAGUUUUAUCUUCAAUCCUUUCAUAAAAGCUGAUUGACUUUUUACAGUGGACAGUUUAAUAAGCAUUUUGAACAAGUAACGAUUUGUUCUAGCUACAGCAUUUUUGCAUUUGUCAGUAUGUACUGUGUACCAUCUGGUCAAUAUGUGCACUCAUUGUUGUGUCAACUGAUUCAACUUUCAAUAGCAAAAAAAUUCAAGUUAA